AGGAGUUUCCAGCACUGAAACGCUUUUACUCCGCCUGGCCUGAAUAAACGGAGUCCUCUGGCAGAGACUGCGUGAUCCCGGACAGUAGACUCACCUCACAAAGUGUUUGAUUUUAGCAAAAGGACGAGUUGCUUAAAAAACUGGCAACAUGGCUGUGGCGGGCUGUACGAGAUGCAUUAAAUAUAUGUUAUUCUUCUUUAAUUUUAUUUUCUGGCUGGCCGGAGGUGUGAUCUUAGGAGUGGCCUUGUGGCUCCGCCAUGACAGUCAAACCAGCAACCUCCUCAUACUUCAGUUUGAAGGCCAGCAGGCGCCGAGCACUUUCUACAUCAGUGUGUACAUACUGAUAGCUGUUGGAGCUGUGAUGAUGCUCGUCGGCUUCCUCGGUUGUUACGGAGCCAUUCAGGAAUCUCAGUGUCUGCUGGGGACGUUCUUCUUCUUUUUGGUGAUCCUGUUUGCCUGUGAAGUGGCUGCAGCAAUCUGGGGUUUCAUGAACAGGGACACAAUCUCCAAAGAACUGAUGAACUUCUACGAUUCUGCGUACAUCAAGGCUUUGGACGUCUCUGGCUCUCCUAGUAAAGACGCUGCCAUCAAGGUCUUGGAUGUUUUCCACACUACGCUCGACUGCUGUGGUAAAGGAGAUGACAGUGCGCUCUUCAAACAAGUUGCCAGCGCCUUGUGUCCAAAAAAGUCUCCAGAAGAUUUUCUCCAAUCUCAGAGCUGUCAUGAUAAACUGGUCGAGCUGUUCUCUGAGAAGCUCCACCUGAUUGGUCUGGCUGCCUUGGUGGUUGCCGUCAUCAUGAUCUUCGAGAUGAUCUUCACCAUGGUGCUCUGUUGUGGGAUCCGUAACAGCCCUGGAGUGUACUAGGAGUCCAGCCAACAAGCGUAUAAUGGAAUUAUUUUAUUAUGUGUUUCCAUGCAUCGGCUCCUUUUCCUUUUGAUUAUAACACAACAAGAUGGAUAUCUCUCCCUUUAUUUUAGAUUAGAAACUAUAAAUUGUGUUUAAUAUUGCUAAUCUGUCAUCACUCAGUUGUCUUACACAGUAAUUUAGCUUCUAUCUGUCAGAUGUUCUUUAUUUAUCAUACAACACUUCAUAUGAAUCUUUUAUAUUUACAGUAUAUAUGUGAAAUAUUUCUCUUAAGUCAUUGAACCUAAUGCUGUUUUUAUGGAUGUAUAAAUUGUAUAUAUCUACUGUAUACUUGUCAUAUAUUAAUAACACGUAGGAGAGUCCAUAUAUUCCCUGGUUAAUUGUUUGAGAUGCAUCUCGCUGCAGCGUCACAGUGUUACAAUAUAUUUAAGCAGCAGGGUUUCAGUGGUCUGAGAUCAGCUUCUGUCUUACUCUAGUAAUUGUCCAGAUGAUGAGUUAGCCUGCGUGUUCAUGUGUCUCUUCUUUGUGCCCAAUGAACCAUCUCAUGCUUUAAAUAAUGACAGAAACAGUUAGGUUUUAUUACUGAGCCUGUUUUAAUAAUGCUAAUAAAUUAUGUCACCUCUCUUGUA